AGGGGGCUGUGCCCUGCCGCCCCAACUCCUUUCCUAGACUUCUUCGCAGGGGCCGGGACUGGGCGGGCCUAGAGAGGGCGGGAGGCAGGCAGGCAAGGAGAGGCGGCUGCUGCUGCUGCUCGCUCAGCCUCUAGCUGUCCCCGCCCGUUCAACAGCAGCAGCUCCUCUCGAGCCCGCCCGGGUGAGUGGCGGCGCAGGCAGCUCCGGCCAGUGCUCGGCGACAAGGAUGCCCAACCCGGCUCCUCCGCAGUGCUCCCGCUCCGCCCCGCCAUGCCAAUUUCUGGAGGAGCUGUGAUCAGGUCGGGACUGGCAGUAGAAGAGCUCAUCGUUGCCCCAAAGAAGCCAAGUAGUGCCUCUUGCUUGUUGCCAGGAUGAAGAGACAUCUCCGGAGAGGGAGGAUGGAUCUGAGCUUUUGCCAGUAGAGCACAGAGGAGCUCCUGAACCCUACUCCUGUUCGCCAUCCAUGGAGUGGCAGAACUGAGGUCCGUGACUGGACUGGGGAGAGUCCUUUGCCUCCCACCUUUGGCUUCUUCGACUCACCAUGGGGUGGAGGCAUCUCCUGUUGCUCCUGCCUCUUGCCCUGUGUGCCCUGGCGCUGCUACUAACCACGCAGGCAGCUGGGCCUCUACGGACAACCAAGGGCAAUCGGACACAGGGGGCAGCAGUUCCCCGGCGACCCUACAAGCCACUCAAGGAGCAACAGAACCAGACGCUAGCCAGCACAGCACCAUCUUCUGUGGCAGGUGGUAGUGGAGGAAGCCGUGGUCGCAGUCUGGCAAGGGUGCCUUCCAAUGGCAGUGCAGGCAGCUCUGUCCCAGCAUAUGACACAUGCAUGGGCUACUAUGAUGUGAGUGGGCAGUGGGACAAGGAGUUUGAAUGCAACAAUUCCAAGAAGGAUUACCGCUACUGUUGUGGCACCUGCUAUUACCGCUUUUGCUGCAACAAGCGCUCGGAGAAGCUCAAUCAGGAAAGGUGCCGGAAUCAGGGCCCACGCCCCAGCACAGAUCCAAUGGUCCCUGCUACCAGCAAUGAUGGACCUGGAGAUAUACCCAAUGGGUAUGACCCAAAUGAGGACACCACAAAUGCCACCGUCUACAUUUCAUGUGGUGCAAUUGCCUUUGUUGUCAUUGCAGGCAUUUUUGCCAAGGUGGCUUAUGACAAAUCACGACAGCCACCCCAGGAGAUGAACAUCCACAGGGCUCUGUCUGAUAUCCUCCGGCAGCAGGGACCAAUCCCCAUAGCACACUGUGAAAGAGAAACUAUCUCAGCUAUCAAUACCUCCCCCAAAGACAACACACCAAUCCGAACAUCCUCCAAAAACCACUAUACACCAGUGCGCACUUCCAAGAGCAACCCAGGUCACUAUGGAAAGGAUAUUUAUCGAAGCGGAGGUCCGGAUUUCCAUAAUUUCAUCUCCUCUGGGUUUGUCACGUUAGGAAGAGGACACAGCAAGGAAAAGCCACGGAUGAACAGCAUCCUCACCUCUGCCACUGAGCCCUAUGAUCUGUCCUUCUCCAGAUCUUUCCAGAACCUCUCUCACCUCCCACCAUCCUAUGAGUCUGCAAUCAAGACUAACCCAAGUAAAUAUUCUUCUCUGAAGAGAUUAACUGACAAGGAAGCUGAGGAGUAUUACUCCAGAAAGAGGCACCUUCCAGACUUAGCAGCAAGAGGGACUCUCCCUCUCAACGUCAUCCAGCUCUCACAGAAACAGGCCACUCAAAGGGAGCGGCCACGCCGCGUGAUGCGGGCCAUGUCCCAGGACCGAGUGCUAUCCCCAGAGAGGAUCAUGCCGGAGGAAUUCAGCAUGUCUUAUGAGCGGAUCCUUUCUGAUGAACAGCUGUUGUCCACCGAGCGCCUCCACUCCCAAGACCCACUGCUCUCACCAGAGCAUUCGGGUUUUGGAGGGCAGUCCAUGUCGCGGGCUUUGUCACACUCAGAUGUCUUUGUUUCGACGCCUGUCUUGGAUCGCUACCGGAUGACUAAGAUGCACUCCCAUCCCAGUGCCUCAAAUAACUUGUACAACACCUUGAGUAUGAACCAAACAUCUGCCAAGCGCCAGGCAUUCGCCUCCCGGCGGCACAACACAGUAGAGCAGCUACACUAUAUCCCAGGACACCAUCACCAUUACCGCACAGCCAGCAAGACGGAGGUGACUGUUUGA